AUGCCGCUCAAGCAUACAAUAUCGCUUGUCUUUUUAUUUUAUAUUUCCCUGAUGCUUUCGAGUUUGUCAAUUUUGAAUGUUAAUGCUCAACACGGUACUGUUGGACGACCAUGUGAAGUGUCAACUGAUUGUGGAACUGGUAAUUAUUGUGCUGGUAACAAGCGAUGCGCUUGUUUGACAACUUAUGUUGAGAUUGACUCGUACUGUUGGAGAAAGAUCAAUCCUGGUGAGUCAGGUUGUACGCAGAAUCGGCAGUGUGAAGCUGUAUGGCCAGGUGCCUAUUGUAGAGCAGGCGAGUGCCGAUGUGCCAAUAAUCAACCUCCGUUCCGGACGCGCGAUGGUCUUGUUUGUCUCAAUUAUGGCUUCUGUCCUUUGAAUGGAAAUAAUCCGAAAUUUCGUAUCGAUAAUCAAGUACAGCAGUGCUAUGGAGGUGCAGAUGCGACCUGUGAAGCAAUUGGGGCACUUGCAUACGAUUGCAUUUGUGACAGUGAAGAUUGCACAGUGAACAAUCCGAUCAGUUUUUGUUGUCCUUCAAGAGCGUUUGCAUGCAUUCAACCACCAAAUGAGGGUUAUGCUCCACCAGGCGGUGGUACACCGCUGAACCAUUGGUACCAUGAUCCGAUAACCGGUGAAUGCAGAGAACUGAAAUAUCAAGGAUCCGGUGGGAAUGCAAACAAUUUCCAAACUAAAGAUCAUUGUGAGAGUUAUUGCAAACAAACUUGUAAUCGUGGUCUGCCGCUUUAUCGAGACCGAACUACUGGCGUGAAGCAAGAACCAGUUCAUUGUCAAGGAAACGAUAAUGAAUGCGACAGUCCAAAUUAUAGUUGCACAACAAUGGGAACACUCCAACAAUGUUGUCCUACCUACUUACAUGUAUGUUCGAGAAACGGUGCAAUUCCAACAGAGGUCUACAAUACAGCCGGUGGCAUUCCGUCCGAAUACUUCGAUGUUGGCAUUCCAGAUGGUUCUGGGAAUACCUAUCCACGCUUCUAUUAUGACUCAAGAGAGGGACGUUGUAUUCAGUUCUCGUAUCUCGGACAAGGUGGCAACUUCAAUAAUUUCCUCUCGCAAGAUCAUUGCGAAAAAUUCUGUUCCCGAAUUUUGUGCGGGGCAGGUGAACCGUUGAAGGAUAGCAGUGGCGAACAUAAUAUGGACUGUUCACCAACUGGCUCGAGCGCUAAUAUGUGUCCUUCCACUCAUAGUUGUGAGCCAACAUCUGAUUCAAGAACAUUUAGUGGUGUUUGUUGUCCUCGUCCUCAGUAUGUAUGUAAAUUACCGCGUGAACAAGGCAAUUGCGGCACGUAUAGUAAUCGAUGGUGGUUUAACGCAAAAACUGGCAACUGUGAAGAAUUCAUUUAUUCGGGUUGUCAGGGCAAUGCCAAUAAUUUUGAAUCCUACAAGGAAUGCCAAGACUAUUGUCGUGAUGCUAGAAGUGAACCACAGUGCAUUCAAGGUACAGCACUGACAGAUACGAAUGGUAACUUUAUUAUCUGUAGCGGUUCAACCUCUACAACAGUCACAUGUCCGGCGAAUCAUUACUGUUAUUACGAUGGUCAUACGCAUGGAUGUUGCCCAACACAAGGCAUGCAACAAGCAUAUGUUGAUCGCAUGAGCCUGUAUGCAGAUCGUAUUUCAGCUCACACAUGUGCACUGUCUUACAAAAGUGGUUCAACGUGUGGUCCAGCCGUAACAAGAUGGUAUUAUGAUGCACCAACACGUGCAUGCCAAACGUUUUCAUUUGAUGGAUGUGAUGGAAAUUCGAAUAACUUCGCGACGCAGCAAGAUUGUAAAGACUAUUGUCGGGUUGAAAGCUGUCCCGAUGGAGGCGAAGUUUGGAAGGAACUAAACGGUGCAGCACGAGUUUGCGCAACAAAUCGUCAAUGUCCAUCGACGCAUUACUGUACUCCAGUAACCACAUGGACAGGCACUGUCUAUCAGACCAAGUCAUUAUGCUGUCCAUCCAAGAAUUUCGUAUGCAGUCAACCUCGUGAUAGUGGUGUUCGAUGCAGUUCAGCUCGUAUCACACGUUAUUAUUUCAACGCUGAUACGAAAAUGUGUCAAACAUUCCAAUAUAAUGGAUGUGAAGGGAACCGUAAUAAUUUCGCAAGCCAAAAGGCCUGUCAAAAUUAUUGCCUUAGCGAAGCAUGUCCGCCAGGAACAGUGGUGGCCAAAGAAUCAGAUGCAUCUCGUUUGCAGCAAUGUUCGAAUCCUGGUGGAUCAGGAAAGGUUUCGGGUGGCUGUCCGGAUGGCUAUAGGUGUUACAACAGCCCACUUCUUGAACAGAACGUGUGCUGUGGAGCGUCUAGUGACUUGCAGUGUAAUAACAUAUUAACCACAAUCAUAUUAUGCCCAGCUAAAUCAAUGCCUUUCAUAUCGGCACUUUCCCUUCAACCGAUGCAAUGCACACCAAAUGUUGAUGAUUCGUGUCCAGGCAAUUUCUUCUGUUGGUUCUCUGCAUCUGCAAGCUCAUUUUAUUGUUGCAAAUCACCUGAAUCGUUCGAUACUGGAUACUGUCCUCCUCAGCUGGUACCAAUACCAGGUGAAAGCGGUACACAGUAUCGCUAUUGCAGUCCAUCAGCACCAAUAUCCGAUUCUCUUCAAGGCUGUGGUACUAAUCGACAUUGUCAAUUUUCUAGUAAUCUAGAGCGCUACAUUUGUUGUGGAUUAGAGAGUGAUGUUAAAUUACCGAAUAUCUGUCCACCGCAACCAGCAAAUCUUGAGCCAGUUGAAUUAGCCGGCAGUUAUCGCUUGUGCAAUCCACAUGCACGCACUGGCACAUCACAUUCAUGUUCUGACAAUUCGGCAUGCCUCUACACUGGUACUGAGAAUGGCUUCAUUUGUUGCAAAGUAAGGUGUCAUUGA